UCCCUUCACCCGUUGCGAAUGAAGAGAACGAAGCCACUCCUCCGCACCCUGCCGCACUUCCUCACAUGGCGUGCCUUCCGCUUCCGCACCUUCGUCGCCGCCGCCACCAAGCACCUCGAGACCUUCACAGAGCAAUUCGAAAUCGGUUCGCGCGUGAUCACGCUCGAGACCUGCAAGAUCGCGCGCUUCGCCAAUGGCGCCGUCGUUUUGGCCAUGGACAACACCAACGUCCUCUCCACCGUCACCGCCGCUAAAUGAAAUUUUGUUUAACAUUCUUAAUUAAUUGUUUACCUGUCUUCACCUGCCAUUUAGACUGUAUGAUGAAGAAGUUCUCUUACACUUCCUGAUAUGCUUUUUGAGGAAGGAUUCAUUUGUUCACAUUUUUUGGGUUUGCUAGUUCUGAUAUGCUGUGUUGAAUGGCGUCAUGUGAUCCAUGUACUGACCUCACCUAGUAAGAUAGACUUUGUUGUUGUUGCUAGUUCUGAUCCUUCUUGAUCUUGUUUUGUCAUUAAUUGCAAUGUUUAUAUCUAAAUUCUCUUAAAACUACAUAUUGAAAUAUAGUCCCUUUUUUGGCUCCUAAAUAUGAACAUGCUUGCAGAAGAGUUUUUGCAUGCUGUGGUAUAUAUUAUGUGUACGUUGAGGAACAGAACACAUUUACUGAACAUGUUGUUAUGUAUGUACUACAAUCAGGUGCACGGAUGUCUGUAGGUGAUGGAACACUUACAAUAGUUGCUAAGAAUCAAUCUGUAAUGGACAAAAUACUAGAAAAGAUUGAUUUUAUUGUGGGCCGUCAAAUUGAAGUUGGAGGUAUCUACACAGGUAUUGUCACCACUAUAAAAGAAUACGGAGCUUUUGUGGAGUUUAAUGGUGGCCAGCAGGGCCUACUCCACAUUUCUGAGUUGUCACAUGAACCGGUCUCCAGAGUUUCAGAGGUUGUCUCUGUUGGCCAGAAGCUUUCUUUGAUAUGCAUAGGCCAAGAUGUUCAUGGUAACAUUAAAUUAUCCCUUAAAGCAACUUUGCCUCAUCCUGGAGGAUUGGAGACUAAUGUUGUAGUUGAAGAAUCUGUUGCAUCUGUAAAAGAAACAGCCAACAUUUGGGCACCGGUUGGGAAUGUGUCUAGUAUACAAGAAGAACAAAAUUCUGCUUCUGAGUUGUCUUUAGGCAAUCUUGAGUUGGGGGAAGCAAAAUCCGAAACCUCCCAAGUACCAGUAAUUUUAAUACGUAGUGCUGCAGAAUGUGAUGAAGAGGAGAAAUCAUCCAGCUUGAAUCUGUCUUCAAAAAAUCCUCAAGUAGAUAAUGGGGUGCAAUUGGAUCUCAAGUCAAAAUCUCGAUCUCAAAAUGCUAAAUCUUGUAGAUCUCGAGAUGUUGAUGCUCCAUCUUCUCAUUCAGGUCCCCUGCCUUAUACAAAUGUUAAGAAGUCAAAACUUUCAAUGCACAAAGAGUCAAAAUCUGAUCUUCAAAGGCCAAAAGGGGAUGAGCAGGGACCUAAAGAUAAGGUAACUGCAGAAGAUCUGAAACUCGGAAGCGAAGUAACUGCCAAAGUCUCGCAAAUUGGUGCACAUGGGUUAGUGUUGGAUUUGGGUGGAGGACUUAGAGGAAUUUACCGGUUUGAGGAAAAUAACAAAAGGCACUUUAAAAUAGGUGAUGAGAUGCGAGUUGUGUGCUCAAGCUUUUCUAGCAAGGGAGUUCCAGUAUUGUCUUUUGUGGAUGAUCAAUAACUUCCUAACGGUAAUUCCUUUCGUUAGCCCAUGGAUUCAUACUCCCAUGGUUUGGAAAAAAGUUCUUCCAGCAGUGUAAGCAACAUCAAUGGUUUUAUUGAAAAUCUGGUAUUCGGUAGAGCUUAAUAGCAACAAUUUGAUCCAUGUAACUUGCCUUGGCACGAUGAUGCUUAAUAUUUGUUAAGGUGCUGAGAAUGCGGCAAUGGACUUUGGGAACUUUGCACUGCUUUCCUUAGAUUAACGGUAUGAAGCUUGAGAAAGUUGUUGGAAAAUGGGUCUUUGAGAUGCUCGAUGCAAGUUUGCCAUCAUGACUGCCAUUUCACAAUAAGAAACUAUUGAGUGGUGAACGUCCAUGUAACCGGCUGAUGUUUUGAUGUUAGUUAUCCAUAGUAUUUGAUAUAAAAUAAGGUUUAAUUCUUGAUUGAUUUUUGUUGGGUUUUGAUGCCCAAGUAGAUUGAUUAAAUGGUGUGGCAACUGUUGUGGGGACUAGAGUUUGCCUUAUUCACGUCCUAUAGCUCAAGGGGGCUGACAAUACCAUUGCUUACACUCAAGGAAUCCCAAACCCCCAUUUUUUUGAAUGAUUUUUUUGGCCUUGUCAUCUAAGCCUUUAAAUUUUGGGCACUAGUAUAUUAUUCUCAGUUCCCCCGAGUUUUCUUGUU